AACAUUUCUUAUGAUUGUUCCUGACAAUGGAUUCACUUCCAGAGGCCCUGCUAAGGAUAACCAAAAAAGGGCAUGGAGCAGGCUGGUUUUGGCAGCCUGCACGCAGUUUCAGAGCUUUUUAGGUCUUGGGUUUUCUGAUGAGUGAUUUCCUGAGCAUGCCUAGGGAAUGACAGGCAUCUCCACAGGCAGGCUGCAUCCACCUUGGCUGGGGUGUCGUCAUUGGCUGCCUAUUAGAAAAACGACAGGACAAUGCAUACCACCGCCUGCCGACUGUAAACAUAGGGGAUAUGUGCUCACUUAGCAUGGACUUCUGGGAGGGGCCAAGGAAGGGCGGUCUGGAGUUUUAUUGAAUAGAGCAGUGUGUAUUCGGCUGCCUGCCUGCCCGCCUGCUUGCUCUCUGGCUGUGCUCUUGCUUAAAGAAAUCAGUCCUUCCUUUCCGACUUAGUCCUCGGGAAGAAGUUUCAGACUACAAGGUAUCACUGGAACAUUUCAAGAUCAUCAAAUCAAAUUCCACAGGGAUUGGUGAUCAACCAGAAGGCUCAGACAUCUGAUUGCUGACCUGUCCAGACAUCAACUGGUCUCCCUGAACCUGAAAUCACACCAUGGAUGAUUUUGAACGUCGCAGAGAACUUAGAAGGCAAAAGAGGGAGGAGAUGCGACUCGAAGCAGAAAGAAUCGCCUACCAGAGGAAUGACGAUGAUGAAGAAGAGGCAGCCCGGGAACGGCGCCGCCGAGCCCGACAGGAACGGCUGCGGCAGAAGCAGGAGGAAGAAUCCUUGGGACAGGUGACCGACCAGGUGGAGGUGAAUGCCCAGAACAGUGUGCCUGACGAGGAGGCCAAGACAACCACCACAAACACUCAAGUGGAAGGGGAUGAUGAGGCCGCAUUCCUGGAGCGCCUGGCUCGGCGAGAGGAAAGACGCCAAAAACGCCUUCAGGAGGCUCUGGAGCGGCAGAAGGAGUUCGAUCCAACAAUAACAGAUUCAAGUCUGUCGCUCCCAAACAGAAGAAUGCAAAAUGACACAGCAGAAAACGAAACUGCCGAGAAGGAAGAAAAAAGUGAAAGUCGCCAAGAAAGAUACGAGAUAGAGGAAACAGAAACAGUCACCAAGUCCUACCAGAAGAAUGACUGGAGGGAUGCUGAAGAAAACAAGAAAGAAGACAAGGAAAAGGAGGAGGAGGAAGAGGAGAAGCCAAAGCGAGGGAGCAUUGGAGAAAAUCAGGUAGAGGUGAUGGUGGAAGAGAAAACAACUGAAAGCCAGGAAGAAACAGUGGUAAUGUCAUUAAAAAAUGGGCAGAUCAGUUCAGAAGAGCCUAAACAAGAGGAGGAGAGGGAACAAGGUUCAGAUGAGAUUCCCCAUCAUGAAAAGAUGGAAGAGGAAGAUAAGGAAAGAGCUGAGGCAGAGAGGGUAAGGUUGGAAGCAGAAGAAAGAGAAAGAAUUAAAGCUGAGCAAGACAAAAAGAUAGCAGAUGAACGAGCAAGAAUUGAAGCAGAAGAAAAAGCAGCUGCCCAAGAAAGAGAAAGGAGAGAGGCAGAGGAGAGGGAAAGGAUGAGGGAGGAAGAGAAAAGGGCAGCAGAGGAGAAGCAGAGGAUAAAGGAGGAAGAGAAAAGGGCAGCAGAGGAGAGGCAGAGGAUAAAGGAGGAAGAGAAAAGGGCAGCAGAGGAGAGGCAGAGGAUAAAGGAGGAAGAGAAAAGGGCAGCAGAGGAGAGGCAAAGGGCCAGGGCAGAGGAGGAAGAGAAGGCUAAGGUAGAAGAGCAGAAACGUAACAAGCAGCUAGAAGAGAAAAAACGUGCCAUGCAAGAGACAAAGAUAAAAGGGGAAAAGGUAGAACAGAAAAUAGAAGGGAAAUGGGUAAAUGAAAAGAAAGCACAAGAAGAUAAACUUCAGACAGCUGUCCUAAAGAAACAGGGAGAAGAGAAGGGAGCUAAAGUUCAAGCUAAAAGAGAAAAGCUCCAAGAAGACAAGCCUACCUUCAAAAAAGAAGAGAUCAAAGAUGAAAAGAUUAAAAAGGACAAAGAACCCAAAGAAGAAGUUAAAAGCUUCAUGGAUAGAAAGAAGGGAUUUACAGAAGUUAAGUCGCAGAAUGGAGAAUUCAUGACUCACAAACUUAAACAUACUGAGAAUACUUUCAGCCGCCCUGGAGGGAGGGCCAGCGUGGACACCAAGGAGGCUGAAGGCGCCCCCCAGGUGGAAGCUGGCAAAAGGCUGGAGGAGCUUCGUCGUCGUCGCGGGGAGACCGAGAGCGAAGAGUUCGAGAAGCUCAAACAGAAGCAGCAGGAGGCGGCUUUGGAGCUGGAGGAACUCAAGAAAAAGAGGGAGGAGAGAAGGAAGGUCCUGGAGGAGGAAGAGCAGAGGAGGAAGCAGGAGGAAGCCGAUCGAAAACUCAGAGAGGAGGAAGAGAAGAGGAGGCUAAAGGAAGAGAUUGAAAGGCGAAGAGCAGAAGCUGCUGAGAAACGCCAGAAGAUGCCAGAAGAUGGCUUGUCAGAUGACAAGAAACCAUUCAAGUGUUUCACUCCUAAAGGUUCAUCUCUCAAGAUAGAAGAGCGAGCAGAAUUUUUGAAUAAGUCUGUGCAGAAAAGCAGUGGUGUCAAAUCGACCCAUCAAGCAGCAGUAGUCUCCAAGAUUGACAGCAGACUGGAGCAGUAUACCAGUGCAAUUGAGGGAACAAAAAGCGCAAAACCUACAAAGCCGGCAGCCUCGGAUCUUCCUGUUCCUGCUGAAGGCGUACGCAACAUCAAGAGUAUGUGGGAGAAAGGGAAUGUGUUUUCAUCCCCCACUGCAGCAGGCACACCAAAUAAGGAAACUGCUGGCUUGAAGGUAGGGGUUUCUAGCCGCAUCAAUGAAUGGCUAACUAAAACCCCAGAUGGAAACAAGUCACCUGCUCCCAAACCUUCUGACUUGAGACCAGGAGACGUAUCCAGCAAGCGGAACCUCUGGGAAAAACAGUCUGUGGAUAAGGUCACUUCCCCCACUAAGGUAAUCUAUUGGGAAGACUAGUAUUUCAGAGGUUUGUUUUCCUGAUAUAUGGUGUAGUAUAAUGUCUUGGAGUCAGAUGAGAAAUAUCACUGACCUAUAGAUCUUUGCCUGCACACCCAUCAGUGUCUAAAAGACCAGUACAUAACACAGUGAAAGGAAAAGUGCAUUGCAAGUUUGUCAGUCAUACAACAUAAACAGCCCAAAUCCAUGGAAUGGUUCUCACUAAGACAUUCUCAAUACACCACAGACUGCGGUGGUAGGAACGCUGGCAGCAGAAGGCCGUAUGGGAUACCAUGGUCUACGUUUCCUUACAAGGUCCCAGCUUGGUGCCACAGUCAUUUAAAAAUCACUUGGGGAAAACAUCUGUCUCCCUGAGUGUUUCCAAAACUGCUUUCUGGAACCAUUUUAGAUUAUAUUGCCACUGCCAGCAGCCUAAGACUCAGGGUUGCUAUGGCAAAAAAAUUAAAAUAAUAUUCAAAAGUAAGGCAACCAUUUACCACCCUAUGAAAAUGAAUGACUAAGAAUGAUUGGGUUCCUCUUACUUUUAGUCUUCUGGUCAAAAGAUAUGGUCAUUCUUCAGAAAGGAGGCUCUGAAGAACAUCUAAGUGAUGCUUAGACUGCAAAUGGGACCCUUUGUGGUACAAGGAGCUCAUUCAACUCCCAACUGUAGCCUUUCCCCAUUUCAAGUAAUAGACCUAGUCUUCUCCUUCAAUAAAAAGAAAAUUAAAAAGGGAGAAACUGGAGACCAACAAUAAGCAAGGUUAGAACAGGCUGCUUAUGGGUUGAUUUAAACAGAAGCACUUCGUAAGCAAACUCAGGACUAGAGAGCACAUCAAAGGCAACUAGAGAAUCGCUACAAUUCACUGCAGUGAGAGAAUUACCUUCCCUUUCCUACUUUCUACAUGCUCUUAGUUCUGGUGCAGGUACCUAAACAUAUUACCCCACCUUCACUAUUAGCUACGUAUUGCGCUUUUAUUCCAUUAAAAUCCACUAGCCUUUCUAAGUCAUUGCUAAACAUAUGAAAAGUACCUGCUGGUAAUUAUCACAUUGCAAACUACUAGCACUACAAGUGAGCACCCCACUAUAUACCAGACACUAUUCUACCUUCUUACCCUCCAUUAUUUCAUUUGAUCCUCCAGUCACCAUGUGAGGUAAGUAGUGUAUCAUUCUCAUUUUGCAGCUGAGAAAAAUGAGGCACUGAGAGAUGAAGUAACUUUCCCAAAGUCACACAGUGAAUAAGUAGCAUAGCCUGCACUGAUACUCCAGCAGUCUGAUCUGAGCCUGCAUUUUUAACCAUUAUACAUGGUACUUUCUUUUAGGAUGCAUAUUCAGGAGAAAAUGUAUAGUUGUUCAAUUCCUUGCAUAAUUUUCUCUUGGUGGCAGAGGAGAAAACAACUUUCUUUGUUAUUUUUUAAACAAAGAAUGAGCUUGUCGACCUAAGCUUUUAUGACCUCUCUAGCCUAUGCUAUUAGCGCAUAGCAGGUUUGUCAGCCAUGCAAUGUAAAUAGCCCAAACCUAUGGAAUGGUUUUUAGGAAGACGUUCUCUAUACACCACCGUGGGAGGAACGUUGACAGCAGAAGGCUCUCCUCUCAGACCUCUGAGAGGUAUCUGACCUCUCAGAAUGGCAGUCCCAGUGUUUAUAUAGGUUCUUGUCUGAAAAGGAGAUGUCAGCUGGCCAUAGACCAUCAUCACCAGUAUAAUGGAGUCUCUCUGGAUAACAUUCCUCCUAGCCAGAGCUCUGGAAAGUGGAGCAAAGAUGAUGUGGAAUGGUCAGACUCAGAGAACUCCACUGACAUACAAACAUGAAUGGUACUCCCUGGAGUUAUGUAGCAUCAGGGCAGUACAAGGUAGGAGGGUAACAGUGUGAGUUUUCACAUGCCACUAACCUCUUUCUACAGUAGUAACAGUAUAACCACCAGACCCAGAACUGAGUUUAUGAGGUAGCAGAUUAGGUACCUCUUUUGCUCCAAACUGUCAAACUCAUUUCUUGUUACUCAGUCAUUCCUUAGAAAUGAAUACAAUGAACACCCUUGAAAAUUGGAAUUCACAACACUUUAAGAUUUCUUAAUAGCUUGGCAAAAAUUUUUAGCAACUAGCUGAGGGGGAAAGAAUAGUAUAAGAAUAGGACUAUAGAUCAGAUAAGUCUCAUGGGAUAGAGGUGUACUAAGAAUAGGAGGGAGAAAAUAGAGAUUGCUAGAUUAAAAAUGGGAGAAAACUAAAGAUAAACAUCUUCCUUCACCAUCAUACAUUGAUGUGGCCCUCACUGAGCUAUUCAGUCGCAUGUGCCUGUUCUGGAAUACACACUGUAGAUUUUUGGCUCUUACGGUGGAGCUUAAAAAUGAAAAAAAACAAAGCAACUUACUUGACUCUAAAUGCUAUGAGCAAGGCCAAAAGUUAAGACAGGAAAAGAGGACAUGAAGGAGAAAGACAGGAAGAGGGAAGUGAAAAAAAUCAGCAGAAGGAAGGAUAAAAUAAGAUCCAGCCAGGCGCAGUGGCUCACACCUAUAAUUCCAACACUUUGGGAGGCCGAGGCAGGCAGAUCACUGGAGGUCAGGAGUUUGAGAUCAGCCUGGCCAACAUAUGGGGAAACCCCGUCUCUACCAAAAAUACAAAAAUUAGCCGGGCGUGGUGGUGUAUGCCUGUAAUCCCCAGCUACUCAGGAGGCUGAGAUGAGAGAAUCGCUUGAAUCUGGGAGGCAGAGGUUGCAGUGAGCUGAGAUCACACCACUGCACUCCAGCCUGGGCGACAGAGCAAGAUUCCGUCUCAAAAAAAUAAAAAGUAAAAUAAAACAUCAUAUUUGAAUGGAAUGCCGAUAAUAAUCCUCCCUUUCAUAAAUAUUUAUUCCUGCCAUACUAUUAUUCCUUUUUCUUCUGACUAUAAAAACCAUCUGCCUGAAACACUGCAGGCUGUCAGUUUCACACUACAGGCUGUCAAAUUUCAAGUUCUCUUCUCUUGGCAGGUUUGAGACAGUUCCAGAAAGAACCCAAGCUCAAGACGCGGGACGAGCUCAGUGGUAGAGGGCUAAUUUGCUCUGUUUUGUAUUUAUGUUGAUUUACUAAAUUGGGUUCAUUUUCUUUUAUUUUUCAAUAUCCCAAUAAACCCAUGUAUAUUAUCACUAUAUUUAAUAAUCACAGUCUAGAGAUGUUCAUGGUAAAAGUACUGCCUUUGCACAGGAGCCUGUUUCUAAAGAAACCCAUGCUGUGAAAUAGAGACUUUUCUACUGAUCAUCAUAACUCUGUAUCUGAGCAGUGAUACCAACCACAUCUGAAGUCAACAGAAGAUCCAAGUUUAAAAUUGCCUGCGGAAUGUGUGCAGUAUCUAGAAAAAUGAACCAUAGUUUUUGUUUUUUUAAAUACAGAAGUCAUGUUGUUUCUGCACUUUAUAAUAAAGCAUGGAAGAAAUUAUCUUUGUAGGCAAUUGUAACACUUUUUGAAAGUAACCCAUUUCGGAUUUGAAAUACUGCAAUAAUGGUUGUCUUUAAAAAAAAAAAAGAAAUGUACUGUUAAGGUAUUACUUUUUUUCAUGCUGAUGAUUCAUUCAUAUCUAAAUUACAUUAUUAUGUUAGCUGACAGUGGUACUGAUUUUUUAGGUUGGUUGUUUUGUGGAUUUCUUUAGUAGUGAUAGUAGCCUGAACCACAUUUUAGAUAACUCAAUUAUGUAUGUAUGUGCAUACACAUAUACAAACACACUAAUGGUAGAAUGCUUUUUUAUGUGCUAGACUAUUAUAUUUAGUAGUAUGUCAUUGUAACUAGCCAAUAUCACAGCUUUUGAAAAAUUAAAAAAUCACAUUAUAUUAAUAUUUCAUAUUUGCCAAUAGAAACAUGGCAGAUAGGUAUCAAUAUGUUUUCAGUGCCUGAUGACCUAUAAGAAGAAAGUAUUGAAAAGAAGAGAGAUUAGAAGUGUCACAAGGAGUUGAAAUUUUCUAAAAGGCAUAGUAUUUAGUUUAUAAUUAAAUGCAUUCUUGAAGUCCAGUGUGAAUUUUAUUAAUGCUAUCAUCUCGACCAAGCUCAAAGCCUACUUAUUAGAAACAAUGAAGUUCACAAUAGGUCAUAAGGUCUCUUCCUUUUCUAAAAUUGAAAGACAAGAAAUUUAGUGCCAAUAUUGUACAGAUAGAAAUUCCAUGUAUGAGUCUCAACAAAGACUACCUUUGGCUAAAUGUCUGGAAGCAGAGAAGUAAAGUGAGCAAAAUCCAGUAUUGAGGAGUCAUGACAGUACUUUGAUCUUUAUAUACUCUGAAGCAUUUCUUUAAACUUUUCUACCUUUGUCAUUGGUACUUGUAGUAAGUUGACAAUGUGGUGAAAUUUCAAAAUUAUAUGUAACUUCUACUAGUUUUACUUUCUUCCCCAAGUCUUUUUUAACUCAUAAUUUUUACACACACAAUCCAGAUCUUAUUAUAUAGCCUCUAAGUCUUUAUUCUUCACAGUAGAUAAUGAAAGAGUCCUCCAGUGUCUUGGCAAAAUGUUGUGGUAUAGCUAGAUACAUACAGUGGAGUUAUAUAAACUCAUACCUCAGUGGACUUAACCAAAAUUGUGUUAGUCUCAAUUCCUGCCACACUGAGGGAGCCUCCCAAAUAACUAUUUUCCUAUCUGCAGUAUUCCUCCAGAAGAGCUAACCAGGGCAGGGCUGGCAUGAGAAGUGAUGCCUGCGUUACAAAGUCUAUCUUCCUCAUAAGUCUGUAAAGAGCAAUUGAAUCUUCUAGCUUUAGCAAACCUAAGCCAAAGGAAGGAAAGCCACGAAGAAUGCAGAAGUCAAACCCUCAUAACAGAGUAGGCACAAGUCUACAAUAAGCUAAAUCAGAAUUUACAAAUACAAGUGUCCCAGGUAGCAUUGACUCCCGUCAUUGGAGUGAAAUGGAUCAAAGUUUGAAUUAAGGCCUAUGGUGAGGUAACAUUGCUUUGUUAUACUUUUGAACAAGAGCUCCUCCUGAUCACUAUUACAUAUUUUUCUAGAAAAUCUAAAGUUCAGAAGAGAAUGUAUCACUGCUGACUUUUAUUCCAAUAUUUGGAUGGAGUAAGUUUUAGGGUAGAAUUUUGUUCAGUUUGGAUUUUAUCUUUUGAAAAGUAAAUUCCUUGUUUACUGGUUUGACUAUAAUUCUCUGUUAUCUUUAUGAGCUAAAACUGCAAGCUGACUAGCACGUUCUGUGAAUCUGCCAUUCCUAAAAAUUUUAUAAACACUUGAUAUUUUUCACUGAUAAUGGAUCGCUCCAAUAAACAUAUAUUGUGAAAAUGCAUCCACAAUAAAUGGAAUUCCUUCCUGCAAAA